AUGAUAUUAACCGGGUUAUUAGCCACCUUAUCAGAGGUAGAAUUUAGUUGGAGACAAACAAUUGGUGAUGAUGCAAACCCCUUGGACAUCGCUUUACCGUUAUUAGAUAAUACUUCGGUUGGUUUGGCUCAUAGACGUGGUGAAUUUUUAGAUUUGAAAGAUCGUAUAUCAAAUGGUCUUCGUCAAACUGUUAACGAACAUUUUCAAGCUUUUAAUGAUAGUGUUGGUUCAUAUAGAUCUGUGGUACAAAGUAUAGCUAAUUCUCAACAUACCUUGAAUAAGAUUAAAGAUACAGUGAACUCAACAUCUAAAGAUAUAUCAGAAACAGGUGAAAGUAUGGGUUCAUUGAAUGAAAAUGUGAAAAAUUAUAAUGAAAUGAUUGCCAUAUUGAAUAACAUUGAAUAUAUUAAAAAAGCUCCAAAUGACCUUGAUGAUGCAUUUAGUGAUAAAAACUAUUCAAAAGCUCAAUUGAUUUUACAAAAUGUUCAACAAAAGGCUCAAACUUUUAAAUUAUGGAGUUUACCUGCAUUAUCAAAUUUAGAAAAUUAUUUCCAAAUUCAAUCUCAACAAUUAUUUGAAAUAUUAAUCGAAGAAAUUCAUAAUAUAAUUUAUUCCAAAAAAUUAUUUAACACUUUUAAUAGUGGGAAAGAUGAAUAUAGAAAUCCAGAAUCUUCAGAUUACACCAGUAUAGAGAAAUAUAUUAUGAGCUCAAUUGAUACUGAUAUUUUGGAAACAUCAGCAGCAAGUCAUUAUAACGUUGAUAAAUUUAUAAGAUCUUUAAUGACAUCUAAUACCAGAUCAACUGAAACGGAUCUGAAAUCGGGUGUUGAGUCUACAUUAGAAGAUGAUGAUAAUACUUCAAGUUUAAUUACAUUUGAUGAUUCAAAUCCUUUCAAUCAAUUAUAUCACUUAUUAACAAUUGUUUAUAAAUUAGAUAAAUUACCAACUGCAAUUGAUAUUAUCAUUCAAAGAAAUGCAAAUGAAAUUAAUCAAUUGAUUAAUAGACAAACUGAAGAUACUAAACUAAGACAUUCUAAAAUUAUAAAAUACCUAAAUACAAACACUAAAGCAGAUGAAUUAUCAAAAGGUAUUGGUAUUGAUCAAUCUUUGAAUAAUGAUAAUUUCAAAACAGUUGUCAUUAAAGAUUUAUUUUGGAAUUUUUUCAGAAAAUUGUUAUUCUUAUUACAAAGUGUUCGUGUUAUAUUGAAAAUCAUUGAAGAAUUAGAAAAUAGUGGAUUACAAGUGAACUCAUCAAGAUCUAAACUAUCAACAAGUAAUGAUACAUUAACUCUACAUAGACUUUGGAGUUCUUUGAAGUCAGAAAUUAAAAAUCUUGUGUUAUCAUACAUCUCUAAUAAUGAUUUAUCACUAAGUUCUAAAUUAACAGCAACUUCAUCAUUGAAUGGUAAUACAAUAAAUGGUACCUCUACAACUUCACAAAAAGAUAACACAUUGUUUCAAUUUUAUAAAGUUGAUUACGAUAAAGAUCAUACAAAUCAAUUCAAAUUAGUAUUACAAGAUUUAUUCCCAGGUUUUAUAAAUUCAAAUGACAUGGCCAAAAUUGAUUCACCAUAUAUUGAAGAUUCAAAGUUUUUGAAACAAACAAGAUUAAUACCUGCAAAUAUUUUCCAUAUGAGAAUUAUCUUAGAACCGUUUUUAACUUUUAUUCAAGGUUCAAAAUUAUUAUUAAGUCAAAUUGGUAAUAAUCAACUACAACAACAAGAUAAUGAUGAAACUAUACAAUUUUUCAAUCAAUUUAUGAAUGUUGAAUUUUUACCAUUAUUGGAGGAAUCUUUUAUACAAUUUUAUAUUGAAGAAGUUGAAGAGAUUGAUCCGUAUGAAGUUUUAGAUACAAUUGAUGAAAAAUCAACAUUACUAUCAACACAAAAUUUAAAUAAAUACCAAAAUGGUGAAAUAUUUAAAUUCUUCAUUGAGUUUAAAAAAUUCUUUAAUGAUGUUUGCUUUAUUUUAAAUACUUCAUUACAAUUCAGAAAAGAAUUUUCAAGUAUUAUUUUCAAUUUAUUGAACAAAUUCCAAGAUAAAGUUGAAGAAUUUAGUAAUGAGUUAUUAAAUGAGUUGAACAACUAUUUUGAACCAAAUAGAGAAAUUAUAAGAUCAUUACAAGAUCCAAGUGCAAAAAUCAGUCAACAAGCACUUUCACAUAUCAAUAAGAGUGAAUUAAGAAGAUUAAAGAUUUAUGAAAAUUUCCAAAUCCUAGAUAAAUCUAUUGAAUUUAUUUCAGAUUGGCUUGAAAAUUAUUUGGUUAAGAAAAUUGAUUUGAAUAAAACAGAUUUAAAUUUAUCAACUAUUGAAAAAUUAAGAAAAAAUUGGUCAUUUUUUGAAACAUCAAAUAAUUUUAAAACUCAUAUAAAUCAUAAUGAUGAAUUAGAUUUAAAAAACUCAACGGUAAGAAUCAUAUUGAAUGAUGAAUUGAUUGAAAAUUUCCAAGAAAUUGUUCAUCAGUACAAGAUUAUAGAUAAAAAAGUCAAAAAUGUUUUGAAUAGAUACAAUGAACUUUUGAAAGUUUGA